AUGCGUGGCAUCCAAAUCACUGAAUAUCUCAAGGGCCCUGAUCAGCUUCAGGUCACUGACCUACCCGAUCCAAAGCCCUCAGAGGAUCAAUAUCUCAUCCAAGUACACGCGGCAGCGGCCAACUUUUUCGACAUCUUGCAGAUCCAAGGAAAAUACCAGAAUCAGCCCCCUUUCCCUUGGGUUGCUGGCGCCGAAUUCGCAGGCACAGUUAUCGCUACACCCACCGACGGUCCCAAGCCCAAGUUCCCUGUUGGAUCGCGUGUCUUUGGCGCGUCCCAGGGUGCGUUUGCGACAAAGAUCUGUGCUAUCGAAGACACUCUGCUGCCCGUUCCUGAUGGCUGGUCCUUCAAGGAGGCUGCUGGCCUGUUUGUCACUGCGCCAACAAGUUAUGGCGCACUGGUUGUGAGGGCGGGUAUUAAGAAGGGCGAUUAUGUUCUUGUUCAUGCUGCCGCAGGCGGUGUCGGUCUUGCAGCCGUCCAAGUGGCCAAGGCAUUCGGCGCAACAGUUAUUGCGACAGCUUCAACACAGCACAAGCUUGACAUUGCCAAGUCCUACGGCGCCGAUCAUGUAAUCUCUUAUAACGACGCUUCAUGGCCCUCGCAGGUCAAGAAAUUGACCCCCGCCUCCCGAGGUGUCGACAUUGUCUACGACCCUGUCGGUCUAGUCGACCUCUCAACAAAAUGCACAGCAUGGAACGGCCGUAUUCUUGUCAUUGGCUUUGCAGCUGGCAAGAUCGAAAAGGUAGCGAUGAACAAGGUUCUCCUCAAGAACAUCUCCAUCGUGGGACUGCACUGGGGCGCGUAUUCCAUUCACGAGCAGGGGACGAUACCUAAGGUCUGGGGUGGCAUUAUGGAACUCGUCAAGGAAGGAAAGCUGAGGGGUACGGAGUAUACGGAUGAGGAGUUUGUUGGCCUGGAGAGGACUGGAGCUGCGCUGAAGGCUUUGGGAGGCAGAGGUACUUGGGGAAAGGUUGUUAUCAAGGUACCCGAGGAGGGACAGAGCAAGCUUUAG